GGUUGAAGCUGCACCUGACGGUUGACCGUGCAGUGCAUUCCUUUCCCUUUCUUUUCACGGCUUCACUCCAAGCUCGCUGUGCUUUCUGGGUCCUUGGCCUUGUCAUGGCUUCAGAUGAGGAUUGCGCUGCUGCUGCCCCGCUGUCUGCUGAGGAGGUGGAGUCCUCUUUCCAGGGCGCGCUGGAUGCGCUGCACCGCCUGCUGCUGCUGCAAGAGCAACUGAGCACGGCACUCCGGCAGGGCUGGUUCAACUUGUCCCUGGCGCGCUACAAUCUUGGCCCGCAGCGGGUGGGGGCGCUGCAGUACCCCGCCACCAUGACGGCCACCACAACACUACAGGCGCUGUCCCCAGCCCCGGGGUUGGUGACCCUCGCACUGAACACCGUGAAGGGGGAGGGUCCUGCGGAGGCGGCAGAGUCCGCUGUGCAGGCGCAGGGGGCAAGCAUCCAGGCGGAAGGGCUGCGGAGGCGCAGAGCAGCGGACGAGCCAGCUGCAGUAGAGCAACAAGAAGCUAGCCCAAGUGGAAAGCCCUUGGUUCGAGUGGAGCACAAGCAGCGGCAAGCCAAUGCAUUGAAUUGGUUUGGAGCACUCGUACCCCCAGCACUGCGAAAUGCACAACAAGACUUCGCUCUAGCAUUGUCAAAUGCUGUGGAGCUGGCGAAUACCAUCUCCCAGUUGGAGUCCUUCCGAAAGGCCUACGUCGAGCUUGUCAAGAUCGAUGACCACUCCACUCAUCCCUUGGUAUCAGAUGAAAAAGAUGCUGUACGUUUCCAACUCAAAAACGGAUCAAUGUCACCACUACCUUUGAACAUAGAAGAUCACGAGAAAAGCAAGACCCAAAACUCGGUGGACACAAAAUUGAACACAGAAGCGGAGCUCCGCUUCUGCAACAAUCUGAUCAGCCCUUUGUCCAUGGGCCCAGUUCCGCCAGCUGAUGCGAGUGAGCCUGCUGAAUUCUCCUUCUCUAUGGCCUACUCCUCCCCCCUGCCGCUCUCCCCAUCUUCUCCCACUCCUCUUCCGUCAACCUCCUGGCAGAUUUCUCCAAAGUCUGCGACGACACCGUCAUCAGAGGCUACGCAGCCUCGUCCUGUUCCUGUGUUGCAAAGCCUGCAGCUUCGCUCCAGUCUAGGAGCGUCGGCCAGUGGGUCAGAACAGGGAGCAGCAAGACCCGCACAGGGCUCAUCGCCUAGCAAUGCUAGCGCAGGCCCAGAAAGCAUUGACGCAGAGAUCCCUAGGGGCGAAGAUGCAGGGCCAGGCACCUCCGAUACCCCUUCACAAGAACCAGGGCCCAACGAUUCGAAGCUUCAUCAACUGCGCACGUCCUCAAGUGACCAAGGAGUGUUGAGCAACGCCACUUCCUUGGGGACGACUGGUACAGAGGGCACCAUAAGUGGCCAGAAAGAGGUAAAGGCAGGCACGCCAGGGAUGAGGACACAAUCGGGAGCAGCAGCGAAGGCAGCAAUGAACCGCAAGAAAGUGCCCUUUGAGAAGGGCUACAGCCAGAUGGACUGGCUGAGAUUGACGCAGACGCACCCGGAUUUGGCAGGUUUGAAGGGGGGCCCAAGGCGACGUAUCAGCAUGGAAGAGGUCAAGCUGCACAAGGCAGAGGACGACUGCUGGACGGUGCUGAGAGGCAAGGUGUUCAACAUCACGCCCUACUUUAACUUCCACCCAGGAGGGCAAAAGAUGUUGAAACUUGCAGCGGGGAAGGAUUGCACACAGCUGUUUGAUAAGUACCACAUGUGGGUCAACGCAGAGUUUUUGCUGGAAAAGUGCUGGUUAGGAGUUCUUGAUCAAGGACACUGAAAACUGUGGUACCAAUGAAUACUUAAGGUACACAUUCAAGGCACAGUUCUUUGUUGCGACACUUGAGUUGUUGAGCACCCAAGCAAGCGUAAAUACAUGUUGCUCAUUGUGAAUGAUGAAGCGUGUGGUUCCUGCCAAGCAAGCGUGAAAUGCUAAAUAGGCUCGUAGGCGCAGUGGCUACCAUGCAGUCACUCUUCCAGCAAGUUCAGGGCCGU